AUGUCGCACCUACAAGCAUCGGAGUUGUUCUCAGUCAAAGACCGAGUAGUGGUGAUCACCGGAGGAGGUAGUGGCCUGGGCCGCAUCAUCACCCGUGCACUAGCAGUCAACGGAGUCUCGAAGAUCUUCAUCCUCGGCCGACGCGAAGACGCUCUCCGUGAAACGGCCGCGCAGGCUCCGGAGGGCAUUGUCAUCCCCGUCCAGUGCGAUGUAACCUCCAAAGACUCCCUUGAAGCAGCGUACCAAAAGAUCACAGCACAAACUACCCACGUCGAUAUCUUGUUCGCAAACAGCGGAAUCAUGGGUCCGACGAUGCGUUCGCCUCAGCCCAAAGCAGAUGGGUCCUUUCCUUCCAUCACGGAGGUCCGGGAUGAGCUAUAUAAUAUCCCCAUGGGGGAGUUUACCAACGUGAUGAAUGUCAAUGUAACGGGCGCUUAUUAUACUGUUCUGGCGUUCCUUCCUCUUCUUGAGGCUGCGAAUAAGAGACGGGCGGCGCCGCAGCAGGGUGUUCUGUCCCCUCCGACGGCACAGGUGGUCAUCACUGGUUCCCUUGCAGGAUUCCAUCGGAGGCCGCCAUUCAGUUAUGCGUAUAAUACGUCCAAGGCUGCCGUGCAUCAUCUUGUUAAGAUGCUUUCUACGAGUUUCACCCCGUACAAUAUCCGCUUCAAUGGGAUCUCCCCUGGUUUGUACCACUCGGAGAUGGCUGAGCAUGUCUUCGAGACUCAAGGCGUCAAGGGUCCGGGAAUCUCGGAUGGUUCAUUCCCGAAAGAAAUGAUUCCGUUGACGAGGGGUGGAGCGGAACAGGAUAUGGCUGGGUUGGUUGUUUGGAUGGCGAGUGCCUCGGGUGGUUACUUAAAUGGUAAUAUUGUUGUUACCGAUGGUGGCCGACUCUCUGUUGCACCCGCUACGUAUUGA